CGCAGCUAUGUAAUAAAUUAACUUCUUUGAAGGUAUUUAAAAAAGUUAUUUCAUCAAUCAUUCAAAGUGGGUUACUUCACUUAAAACUCAUUUUGUUUUGACUGACGCUGGGUUAAAAAAAGUGAAAAAUUAACUGCAAAGAAAAUAAAUAGAUAGUUAAGAUAAAAAAAAAUUAAAAAAAAGUUGAAAACCAUGUUCAAUCUGGAAGAGUUUCAGAAGAAAGGGUUCGUCAUCUUGCCAAACUUUAUUAGUGAGGAGGUCGCCAAUGAAUUAAAAUUAGCAGCUCUGAACUUGGUGAAAAAACCAGAUGGUGAUAAUAGACUGGCAUUCUCGACAAGCAAAAGUGCGCAGCUUUAUAGGGAUGCGUACUUUCUCGAAAGUAACGAUAAGAUUCGAUUAUUUUAUGAACCGUCUGCAUUUGAUGAAGCAGGUGAAAUAAAAAUUGAUCAUGAAAAUGCUGUGAACAAAAUUGGACAUGCAUUGCACAUACUUGAUCCAACUUUUCGAAAGAUUUCUACGGACGAAAAAAUAAAAGAUGUGAUGAGAACUUUGAAAUAUGAGCAACCAACUAUUGUCCAGAGCAUGUACAUCUUCAAACAACCAAAUAUAGGGAAUGAAGUUCCAGCGCACCAGGACGCCACCUACCUUCACACCACGCCGCUGAAUGGUGUCGGAUUGUGGCUGGCUCUUGACGAUGCCGAUGAAAAUAAUGGCUGUUUGCAUUUCAUACCUGGCUCUCACCUUUCUGGUCUACACUUUGAGACAAGAUUGGUGAAUAAAGAUGGCAACGCAUCGUUUACAACGAGUGAAAUGAAGGACCGUUACAAGGAUGAAGAAUUUGUCUCAGCGCCCGUCAAAAAAGGUUCUCUUGUUUUGAUCGAUGGAUUGGUAGUGCACAAGAGUGACAACAACAAAUCAGAUCGUUCGAGAAAUGCCUUCACCUUGCAUAUCUACGAUGCAGCACAAGCUCAGUGGGACCCGCUCAACUGGCUGCAACCAUCUUCUCUUGGAAACUUCGAACGCCUAUAUUGAGAAAACUCCCGACAGCACUCUGCUGUGCCUUCUCAUUUAACUAUUAACAUUUUUAAUUUUUCCCUCAUUAUGACAAUUAUAAAUAAAGUUUUAUUACUUAUCAUUCAAUAUGAUUUUUAAUUUCGCGAAAAAGGUACUAAAUAUUUUUCAUGUCACGUCAAAACCUAUGUGAAAAAAUAAGAAAAAUUAGAUCAUAUGAAACGAAUCAGGAAUAAAAAGGACGACGCCAUUAUAUUAAACUAUCGAUGAAACUUCAAAGCUGGUCUCCAUAUAGAAAUCCAGUGGUGAGUGUGGUGAGAAUGAAUUUGAUGGUCUUCCUGUACAACUUUUCGAUGUAACUUGUGAAUCGAUCACCCAGAGCUUCACUGACUGCCGUUAUGAAAGGCUCUUCAAUGGCCUGUAAAAUAUAAGGUUCAAAUACGCUUAUUGUUUCAAAGUUAAAUCGUAUUUCGGUGAAAUCAUCGCAAGAAUAUAUUUUUUUACUAAAAAGUUUUUUGAGUCAAUUUUUAAACGUUAUUUCAAACGUUUGGAGAUUUAGUGAGGUUGAAGUUGCUAUGUCGCUUUUUUAAUUUUUGUGCACCUAACUACCCAAAUUAAAAUUGCCUCGCUCAGUUUCGUGGCGUGAAUGCCGACCAACUUAAUCAUAAAUUUUUUAAUCCAAAAUUAAGUUUUAGUUAACGAAAAUAAUAGAAAUUUGUAUUGUAGUUAAUUUCAUUUUAAUAUUUUGUAACAAUUAUUAAAAUGUAAUUUAUUAUAAUUUUUUGAGCAAUUAAAAUAACAAUUCAGCACUGGUUGUGAUUGGCUAGCUUUACCGAAGUGGAACUACUAUAUUGAAAAAUUUGGUGACCUGUUUGUUGGAUGUCUAAUGUACCCAAUUUCAACUGUUCAAUUAUUGAAAAAUAUGUAUCUGCUUGAAUUA